GUAUAUACAUUUAUAUUUGUUCAAAAUAAUAGAAAAAAAAAAAAACAACAGAUGAGUUUUCUUUCAUAAGAACUACAUGUCCCAUAAUCCUCUUCGACCCCCGUCAGUGACAUCACGCGGAGCCCGGAUCCGGCUCAGAGCUGUCAGUGAUUUUUGUGACAACAGAGCGGAGUAUUUGUUACAUUUAGUCUAAUUUCUGGACUCAGUUCGUGUUGUGGACUUUAUCACAGGAAGUAGUCGGCAGUGAUGACACCAACGUCGCUCGUGUCGAUUAGAGGAAGAGGAAGGAGGUGAUGAUGAUGAGAUGCAGUUAGCUGACUGUCCGGCGAGCUGACGGACGGACCAGAGCCCCCCGGCGGAGUGAGGGGAGAGUCUCCGGCGGUGCAGAGCAGUGUCUGGGCCGGAGGGAGGCGAACAUGCCGCGGAGGAAACAGUCCAACCCUCAGCCGCUGAAAGUGGAGUCGGAGGAUGGAACGGUGGUGUGCGAGCCGAGCUGCCUGGUUCUGGAGAGCGACUUCCUGCUGAACGGCGAGCUGGCGUUUGGAGACUCUGGGAUCUUGGGGCUGGACAAAGAGGCAGAUGUAACGGUCUUCUCUCUGAGCGUGGAGGAGGAUGACCCCUCGGCACCAUCAAACUCCGCCUUCCCGGCUUUACUCUCCUGUAAAGGGUGUGGUCACUUGAUGGGGAACACGCCUCUUGGGGCGGGACUUGACCUUGGUGUGGGUCUGGACCUGGGAGUGGAGCUGUACUGUCUCACUUGUGAGAAGGGCCUGCAGAACGCUGCCUCAAUCACCUCUCCUCAGGUGGAGAACUCCAGCCUCUCUGACAGAACUAUCAAUUGUCACUCUACCAGGAGGAGGAGGAGAGGUGUAGGUAAGAUCAGCAGCGGCGCCGACCUCUCUCCCAAACUGUACUCGUGCUCUCUGUGUGCCUUCGCCUCUCGUUACUCCAACCACCUGAAACGCCACAUGAGGAUCCAUGACGGCCAGAAGCCGUACUGCUGCCCUGUCUGCCCUUACGCCUCGGCCCAACUCGUCAACCUGCAGCGGCACGCUCGCACCCACACCGGGGAGAAACCAUACCACUGUCCAAAAUGCAGCUACGCCUGCAGCUCGCUCGGCAACCUGCGGAGGCACCAGCGCAUGCACGUGCAGGAGCGUCCGUCAAGGAGAGAGAAGGAGAAGAAACGAGGGAGGAGGAGAAAAACAACAGAAGGAUGUGAAGAAGAUUUGACCUUGAGGGUGACCCAGGACUCGUCUUUCCUUCAGACGUUGGGAAGCCUCAGCUCUCCCACAGGGCACCUCCCGGUCCUCCUCUUCCCCCUGUGCUGCCGGGUGUGCGGCCUCACCCUGGAGGAGGCCGACCUGGAGGGGGACAGAGCUGAAGUGGAGGCAGGGGGCGACGGAGGUCAGGUGUGUUGUCGCUGCUCGUUGGACCUGCUGCCCAAAGACUGCUCGGGGCCGCCCUGCAGCCCCGUGGCUCCCCGGGGGUCCAGGCGGGGUCAGUGUGGCGCCAAGCUGUACCACUGCCCACACUGCCCCUUCCUGUCCUACUACCCCAACCACCUGACCCGCCACUCCCUCACCCACUCAGAGGAGAAACCCCACCGCUGCCCACACUGCUCCUACACGUCCUCGCACCUCGACAACCUCAAGCGCCACGCACGCGUGCACACAGGUGAGAAGCCCUACCAGUGCCCGGCGUGUAGCUACGCCUGCGGAAACCUGGCCAACCUGCGGCGCCACGAGCGCAUCCACUCGGGCGCCAAGCCCUUCCACUGCAGCGUCUGCGGCUACUCGUGCAACCAGAGCAUGAACCUGAAGAGGCACAUGCUGCGGCACACGGGCGAGAAACCGUAUGCCUGCGCUGAGUGCGGCUACACCACUGGCCACUGGGACAACUACAAACGCCACCAGAGGAAGCACGGGCACAACACGCACAACUGGGACAAACAUGCCCCCAUCAAUGGGCUGGGCUGGGGCCAGGAGAGUCCACGGAGGCAGAGUCCGGGGCCAGAGGAAUGUUAG